AUGGCGGAUCCAUUCUUCGAGAGGAUAUUCGCGGAGCACCCCUGCAAACAUCCGGUGAUCGUGCUGAAGGACUUUCCCGGCCACGAGGUAGCGGCGCUGAUCGACUUCAUGUACCGUGGCGAGGUGAGAGUCGGCCGAGAGGAGCUUCCAGGACUGAUGAGGGCCGCGGAGAGCCUGCAGGUGCGUGGACUAGCGUCGUCGGAGCCCAGGCCGACGUCGCCGCCGGAAACGCCGACCGCGGACCUUCUCCUCGGCGAGCCGUCGACGCCCGAGGGCGCCAGACAAGGCACCCCCGAGGAGGAUGACAACGCGUCGGAGAGCACGGCGCCACCAUCGACGCGGGAACCAGCGCCGGUGACCACACCGACCAUUUUUCAUCCUGCGAGGGACCAUCGCGAUAGGUUACCGCACAUGGGCCACUUGAACUUUGGGAUGCGCGAGUUGCGAGAGAGUUGCGGAUCGCCGCUGUUACCCCGGCGAAAACAGGCCCGGCCGCGAAGGAGAUCCGGCGAGCUGGUGCCGCAGGACCUCAGUCGACCUCAUCCACCGGCGAGUCUGAGUCCGCCGGUGAGCGGUCUGAAUCUGACCGGUGGGCACCAACAGCCGCAGCAGCUGCAACAGCAGCAGCAGCAGCACCAGCAGCAACAACAUCAUCAGCAACAGCAACAACAGUCCUCGACGAGCUCGCAGAACCAGCAACAACUGGAGGACAUGGCGGAGAAUCUCUCGAUGAAGAGAUCCGUGUCGCCGAGUGGAGCGGAGCAACAUCACGUGAAGGCGGAGAGCAGCGAAGCGGCGAGUAGUCCCAGGGGAUCACCGUUAACCGGCACGAGUCUGCUGCACCCUGACGGUUCCCUCCAAGAUAUUCCGUCUGCUGCGGCAGCAGCGGCGGCGGCGGCGGCCGCGGCAGGCCUGCCAACGAUGUCGGCUCUGUCGUUGACGCCGCCGCAUCACCACAGCGAGUACCUGACGAGUCUGGGCCAGCUGGCGGCCCAGUGGUUGCCGAAUCAUCCGCAGAGCCAACUGCCACCUCCGCCUCAGGGUCACCAUCCGCGAGAGAGCAGUCCGCACCGGUCCAAUCGAACGCAUCCGUAUCAACAGCAGCAACAGCAACAGCAACAGCAAGAAUCCCCGUUGACGCCGCGACGAAGCUCCGUGACGGCCAUGUUCCCGUUAGACGGCGUCGCGUCGCUAGGUGGCGGGCUGUUCCCACACGCCGGUGCUCUCGACAGGGGAUCCCUAUUGGCGGAUCUGCACGAUAGCUUUAAACCGGAAACGCUGCACGGGUUGUUCGGCGCGGCGGGUCUCGGCGGUCAUCAUCCGGGGAAAAAGCCAAAGAAACACAGGGGCGACGGCGAGGCGCCGCGAAGAUGGGGUGACCACGGUAGCCGAGGUCUGCCGGUCGGCAGGCCGAAAGGUCAGCACAGCGCGCCCAGGGGAGGACCACCUAGGUCUUGGACAAACGCGGAGCUGACCGAGGCGCUGCAGCACGUGUGGAACAAGAAGAUGACCACGUCGCAGGCUAGCAGGAUCUUCGGGAUACCGUACAACAGUCUGCUCAUGUACGUGCGCGGGAAAUACGGGAAAAGUUUGAAACUGGAACAACUGAGAAGGGACUGCACCGGCGCGACGACGGGCGAGGUAGUGAUGAAUUCGCUGAACAACAACGUGAAGGCCGUCCAGCCGCCUACGCAGAUGACUCAUCCGUUGGCAGGUCUGCCGCCUCAUCCCGGCGACGACGGUGGAUUUCCUCAUCACUCGUUGCUCGGUGGUAACCUACCGCAGGGCUUCUUCCCCGACUUCGCCGCCGCGGCGUUCCCGGUGCCGGUUAGUAUGGUGCAUUUACUUCCGCCGAGCGAACAGAAGGCUUUCGAACCACCCGCGAAUCCUGGCGGCGGUGGUGGCGGCGGUGGCGGCGGUGGCGUUGGCGGUGGUGGCGGUGGCCUAGACCGACGGCGUGGUCGAUGGCAGUGGUCGCGUGCUGGUCGCGUGCCGGAGGCGGAGCCAAGCGUCGACUCUCUCGCGUGCCACCUCCACCCUAAAGUUCGCGGUCCCUGUUGCACCCUCCGACACCCUCCCAGAACAGCGGGGAGCUCUUCUACUCGACGCGACGCCCCUCGGUACUCUUUGGUUCCUCGUAUCUCCCCUUCUCUCCGCUAG